UACAAGUAUGAACACACAAUGUGCAGGAGCCACCAUUGAGCCAGCAGUAAGAGAGUAUUAUGGAGCAAAUUUUCGCAUUCCCUGCCUUAUCCACCCACAGACGUGCUCUGUGACGUUGCUGAGUCAGACCACAGGCAGAGAGUAUAUAUAUCCACGUACUGGCACAUGCAGGCGCAGGUGCACAUGUGCACGUGCACAUCGCUAAUCUGCUGCGCGCACACCUGGCGCACACUCUGACAGCUCUUUUGAACUUCCUUACGUCAGUUUACUAUGCGAAAGCAAUUAAAUAAUAAUUGUGUAGAGUAUUGUAAAAUCCUAAACGGAAAUGUUAAUGUCUUCAUUCUACAGUGUGAAAUGGUUUGGUAUUGAUGCCCGUAUGAAAUAGUAUAUUGAGUGAUAUAUUAUACAAAACUCGUUACAUCCGAAUGAAAAAUUGAAAUGGCGCUUAAUGAACCGUUUAUUAAGGGCACCUGUGAAAAUAUGUGCCCAGAAAAAGAGAUAAAAUUUCGAGAAAAAGAGGGCCUCCUACAUCCAUUUGAAAUAAUGAGGAGCAGUGAAAAAACAGUACGUCUAAAAGCUGACCCAGCAAGAACCGUCAAGAAGUAUGCACGAAGUGCUGCUGGGCAAUCGAUGCCCAAACCAUCAGAUCUGAGGACUCCUCAAGCCCUUAAGAAAACUGUCAGCUAUUUGCUCAACGACAUAACUACCAUGGAAAGCUGUGAUUGGUGUACCGUCUAUGACUUUGUAUUUGACCGAUUGUGUGCAGUGAGACAGGAUGCUGUUAUUCAACAUUUGGAUGUUACACAUUCUAUUGAUAUUAUGAAGCCAGUCAAAUAUGAUCCUGCAAUUAAUUUCCAUCAUUUCACAGAAUGCUUGAGGAAAUUAUUGAACUUAUAUGAGCAAUUUGACUAUGAGAAUAUACCAACAGAAAGCAAUUAUUCAUGUGUCUGUGAGAGAGCACAGUUUGAGGCUCUGUAUCUUGUUACAUUCUUGGGAAAUGUAGAUGCUAUUAGUAGAGGAUUGAUGCUGAAAAAGGAAUUGAGGAGUCCUGUUGUGAAUUUAGCCCUACAAUUGAGUAUUGCCUAUUUUGGAGGAAACUACAUCAGAGUUUGUAGAAUAAUUAGAAACUUGCCGCCUUUGCUGCAAUGUAGUGUUGCUUUACGUUUACCUAAUAUCAGAAGAAAUGCAUUACUUACAAUGAGUAGUGCAUUUAGUGGCCGUAAUCUUCAAUAUCCUGCCUCUGCCCUUAAAACAGAACUACUAUUUGAGAAAGAAAAUCAAGUUAUAGAUGAAUGUUUAUACUACGGAAUAAAAGUACAAGAGAAAAAUAUUUUGUUUCAAAAAGGAGUGUUCAAGACUGAAACUGCUGUGAGGCCAUUGAAUCACCAACUCUUUGUUGAUGAAGCUUUGGAGAGCUGCCAUUUAUCUGAUCUUCUUCUUCAGUGUUCUCAUCACUGCUAACAACAAAAACAGUUUAGCUUCAGUGCUUUUGUGAAUGAAAAACAUAUUUUGCUUUGUAUUUUAAGAUGUUAUAUUUUAAAUAAAUGUGUUAUAAUAUUUAGACAUUUUAAACUUUGGUACCUUUUAUGUGAAUGCUUUGGACUAUUGAAAGUCGUGUACUCUGUAUUUCCUUCCUGUGUCAGAUCCAUUUUCUCUACAUUUAUCAGCAAGAAAACUGUUCUAAACUAAAAUUACACUACUUGUCUUGCUAGUUUUUCCUUUUAACCCUGAUGCAAUUUAGUAAAUCAAAAUUUUUCACAUCAUUGGCG